UUAUUUAUUCCGUUUUUUUUUUUCUAUAUGGAAUUUUGUGUGGUCCAGUGUUUUUCUCUAAAUAUUUCAAUAUCGCAUAAUCUAAAGAAAUAAUAAAAAUUAUGAUAAUUUCUUUGAAUGUUUUCUCAUUCAUUGAAAAAUAAUACAGUGUGUGUGCAACGACCAUUUUACAAAUGACAUAUACACUUAGCUCGAUGAUAAAUACAAUCGAAUGUUAUGUUAUUUUGGAAAAAGUGAUUUUCGUAAAAGUAUUGAUUUGUUUCAUUGAUAAAAUACUCAUAUAAACGGUUAAAAUACAGAAGGAAGAAAAAAAAAAUAAUCAGCGAAUGAGAUGAGCAGUGAUUAUACAAAAAAUAGUACAGGUGCUGUUGCAUGUAAUAAUGAAUUGUUAGGAUUAAUUGCACCAUCGGUUAAUGUGAAAUUAAUCGAAAAUCUUUUCGAAGGAAAGGAAAAUCACGGCGAUUUAGUUAACAAAAAAGUUCAAAUCACAGUUGUAUCGCCGAAAAAAAUGGAAAAAGAAUUGUGCACCGUUGAAACCGCGACCAAACCGAUGCCAAAACAGCGAAUUUGUUUGAUUGGUUCCGUUGCAAAUGAUGUUAAUGUCACAUCGGCCGCUCAAUCGUUCAACGUUCCAGUAUUGUUAUCAAAAACUGGACUUGAAUUUAUCGACGAUCCAGAAUGGCUGACGUUUUUUGUGCUGUCCGAAUUUAGCGGGGAGAAUUUUAAAGCGAUUCGUGAAAGUGAGCAACCAAUUUACGGACCGAUUGCAUUACAACAACUAGCUAAGUCCGGCAGUGGUCUUGCUUAUGUCAAAAAACCACGCUACAAUUUAGCUAUGAAAGGUGUUGUCACGUGUUUCUCUGGAUUUCAUGCAUUUAAAGACAAAGCAAAAGCAAAAGACGAAUUACGACGUUUAUUUGAAAAAAUACAUGCGAUGGGCGGUUCGAUUCGGAAAGAUAUGAAUGACAGUUGCACACAUUUAAUUUCACCAACGAGCUCCGGCAAGAAAUAUCACUAUGCCAAAAUUUUCGGUGUUACAGUUGUGCAGUCUGGAUGGAUUGAGGCGGCAUGGGAACACCGUGACGAGGUUGAUUUCUCAGCAAACGAUCCCAAAUUCAUUGAAAAUCACAAAUUGAAGCCAUUUGAAGGGCUUCACAUUUGCUUUUACGGUUUUUCACCCGACGAACAUCAAGAAAUGGUUGACGUUUUGAAAGCAAACGGUGGCAUUCCAACCGAUUUUGAUGAUCCAGAAUGUUCGCAUUUAGUUUUGGCAAACAGUGUUACUCAGAUUCCCGAAAAGGGAAAUCUGGUCCCAAAAUCACCACCGAAAAUAAUUUCAGUAGCAAGCGGAUCAAAUGCUGUGCCAAAUUGUCCUCCCAUUCCUGAAACACCAGAAACAUACAAACACAAUGAGCGACGCAACGGCAUCAUUUUGCCGGGCAAUGAAGAAAACUUAUUUCUAGAGCCAGUUAAUUUGUCGCCAAUAAAACGAGAUUUAUCACCCAUUCUGCAUCACAUCCAAGAGGAGGAUGAAAAUUCGGACAAACUCAACAAAGAAAUGUCAAAACGAAAACGUGACAGUUUCGAUAAUAUUUCAAUCAUUUCAACAGAUACAUUUGCCGCACAAUUUAAUUCGGCAAAAAAACCAAAACUUAUUCGUAGUGGAUCUAUCACACGUUCACUCAGCCGUAGCAUGAGUUUUGCUGGUAUGAAAAAUCCCAUCAAGAAUAUGUUUCGCGCCAGACGCGACUCAAUCGAUCCAAAUGCAUCAAUCAGUUCGGUUACAUCGAUGGAAAGUACAUUUAUUGAAACAUUAAAGCGACCAGUUAAAGAGAAACUGAAUCGACUCAAAGAUCGCAUCACAAAUAGUAAUCGCACGAAACGUGAAUUUUGCUUGACACCAAAAACGCCGAGAAAAAUGUUAAAUACGUCAUGCGUGGAACGAGCCGAAAAUGAUGAUGAUAAAUUUGUGAUGCCAAAUGAAAUAAGCAUGUUGUCGUGUCGUAAUUUGAUAAACAGCACCAUGAAUUCAAACACAAUUGCAGCUGUGCCCGAACCUGAUGUUAUGGAAUUCCAAUCGGUUGCAACGGAAGUAAAGGGGCAGACAAGACAAGAAAGUGUGCCAGUGAAAAAUAUUGAUGUGGUUGAUUCGGGCGUGCCAGAACAACGGCCACAACCAAUUUCUCUGACGUCGGAUUGGUUUUGGUAUACAAUUCAAAAGGGAAUUGCUGAUGAAAACCAGCAUUUGUUCAGUGACUAUUUGGCAAAUCGUGCCAACACACCGACUGCCACCGAUAAAUGUGAUACAUUAUCAAGAACCAUGCAACGCAAACGAAAACGGAUUUCAGUCUCAGUUCUAGCAACUGGUAACAAACGAAGAACAUCUGAUGCAGGACUGUCGAUGUCGGGCAGCUUUUUGGAUUUUACAAAUAGUCCAAAACCAGAUGCAAAAGAUUCCGAUUGUAGUAUAGAAAAUACGCCAAAAUCGAAAAAGGCAAAAUCAAUGCGGUUCAAUCACUUUAUGGAUUUAUUUUCGACUGAAACAAAUUACGUUCGCAUUUUGAAUUUGAUCAUGUCUGAAUUCCAGAAGCCAUUGGAAGAGAUGAUUGGCAAGAAAGAUGAGGAAUUAAUUAAUAAAUCAGAGUUGCGAGCAAUUUUCAGUAAUUUCUUGCCCAUUUUUGACGUACACUCACGUAUGUUGGACCUUUUUCGGGAGAUGCACUCCAACUGGAAGGAAGACUGUCUAAUCGGCAAAGUGAUACUUGACCAUCGUGAUGCAUUACUCAAAGCAUAUCCACCUUAUGUCAAUUAUUUCGAGCAGAUGAAAAAUGCUCUAUUGCAAUGUAUCGCACAAAAUCCAAAGUUUCAUGCAUUUUUGAAGAUAAAUCAAUCAAAACCACAAUGCGGCCGACAAACUCUUCAAGAGCUUAUGAUACAACCGGUUCAACGGCUACCGUUUCUAAGUCUAUUGAUUAAGGAUAUUCUGAAGCAUACACCAAAAUCAAAUCCCGACCACAAAGAAUUGGAGAACGCAUUGAAUGCAAUAAAAGAUGUCAAUAAUUACAUAAAUGAAGACAAGCGAAAAACUGAAGGAUAUACCGCCCUAUUGAAUAUCAUCAAUGACAUUGAAUUCUGUCCAGCAGAUUUGCUGUCCUCAAAUCGACGAUUUGUAUCUGAAUGUGAGGUCACCGAACUCUCAAAAUGCUUUGGCACACGUGAUGACCGAUUGAUGCUAUUUUUAUUUACCGAUUACAUUGAAAUAUGUAAAAUCCGAGAGGCACGGGGUAAACAAUACAAACACAUUCGACUUAUUCCGAUCAACUCAAUUUCACGUCUCUAUGACAUGAAAGAUAGCGAACGUGUCUUUGCAAUUGAAGUAAAGGACGAGAUGCUCUGCUUCAAAAUAAAUGAAAAACACGAUAAAAUGGAGUAUUUGAAAAUUUGCGCCAAACAAAUGGCAGCACAAGCACAUAAAACUGACUACGAACAAUUUCUACAGUGUCGUGAAUCGCACGAAUUGGGCAUUGACAUCAAUUUUGGCACACUGAAGAAAGUACUUCAAUUCUUUUCGAAUGAAUAACAACUCUUUUCUCUUUAUCAUUGAGUACAAAAUUAGUAGUUAACAACGAUUGAUUAAUGAAUAAUGAUUAAAUAAUACAUUUUUCUAUCAUAUAAAUAAAACGAAUGUUCAAACACUGUUUCUGGACAAACA